AUGCCAACUCUCAGACCCAAUACCACCCGAUCCCGGGUACCAAAGCUCAACCAAGACGGAAUACCGAUGGAGUACCUCCAACGAAGAGGCGAAAAGUUUGCCCGCGGAACCAUCUUCCAGAAACACGACGGAUUGGGGGUCGCCGUUUGGGCCGUCGCCCUCGGCAUCUGUGUUUGUGUCAUCGGCGGCUUGGCUGCGGGUAACAAGAAGUACGAAGAGAAGAAGGCAAAAGAACAAGAAGUAGAAGAAGGGCAGGAGUACUACAAAAAGACAUAUCCUUAG